AUGGCGUGGCUGCCGAUGGCGAUGGGGGGUAAGGUGGGUUGCUGGUUGUGGUGGUGUGGGUUGAGGUUGAGGGGACGGGUGGUUGUGGUGGCGGAUGAUGGGGGGGAUGGUGGUGGUUGGGGGUGUCUUGUUGGUGAUUUUGCUGGUUUUGUUGUUGUCGCUGCUGUCGAUGACGACGACAGCGAGGAUAAUGAGGACGAGGAUGCCGACGUCUGGACCGUGCCCUGCGCGCGCAGCCCCUCGGCUACGGUACGGUACCAGCCCGCCAGCUUCUCGAGCGCUGUCGCUACGAGGAGGUGCAGCUGCGGCUGCGAGGAGCAGACGCUGCAUUCGAGAGCCAAGCCGGAUUCAGACGACGAUGGCGACAGCGAAGAUGCCGAGAACGACGACAGGCACAUCUCGGCACAUGUGUGCAACGCGCUAAUGGCGCCGGCAACCGCCGUCAUGCAGGUAUUGCUUGAGUUGGGGCAGCGCCGCGUGGCUACGUCAACAACGCCGCUUGGACUGGCGCCGGACUUUUUGUUGACUGAAAAGCCGCUACCCAUUGGCAUGGUCUCCGAAUCGGACGGGGGCGUCGUUGCCGCCAUGGCGUUGGUCCCAAAGCCCCCGACAUCCCAAGACUCCCAGGCUAGCAUGUCGGAGAGGGAGCCCAAUGAAGGCGGGGCAGAAUCGGCGAGAAGACCGGACAACUCAGACGCCGUGGUCCCGAGCAGGAACCCGGAGUCAUCGCCGCCGUCGGGAGACGAGCCCACGGUACCAGACGGGUCGAUAUUGAAGAGCGCUAGACCCUGGUUGCUGCUUCCGAGGGACCCAGGUUGCCACACCCGCAUCGCCAUCUCCAACGGCGGCGGAUCGGAACGGACGCUGGUAUCGAGGGGUGCCAGUACUGGCAAGGUUCACGAGUUCGUUUGCGGAAAGGCGGAUGAUUGCUUCGGAACCGCAACGAUGGACGGAUCUCGCGAUUAUCGUUAUCACCAGCCGACCUGGGCUCUUGACAGGCAGUCACGGAGGUUGAAGGACUCCUGUGACAUGUGCUCGGCAUCCAAGGUCCGCUGCGACAGACAGAAGCCAAUCUGCGGGCGGUGCGAUAAGCUGGCCUAUCCGUGCUUCUACAGCCCCGCCCGGCGCGUCGGGCGGCCACAGGGACGCAAUACCAGGCAGCCGAAAGCUCGACGUGAUUCAGCAACCGGCGGGGCCGAAUUAAACACGCAGAGUGUCUCACCCCAGCAGCAGUCGGCGUACCCGGUCGCGCCAGUCUCGCCCAGAAGCCGGCAAAAUUCGGGAGCCGUCGACCGUCGAGAUUCGGCAGCCUUCCCCUCUCCGUUGGGCACGCCUCCGCGUCUCGGGCCGCUUACGCCCCCAAUUCGCUCACGUCAGCGCCCUGGCAAUUCUUCAGAGUCUAUCUCUGCCGGCUCUGGCUUUUCCUCCUCCUCCUCCUCCUCCGCAGCCUCCGCAAUCUCCGCAGUCUCGUCCUCCUUGGCACCCUCAACGGCUCCAACCACCGCUAGCGACUGCGAGUCUGACUGUGUCGAGCUCGCCAUGGUUACGCAACGGCAGCUGGAGUCGGCAAUCGGCAGGGUGAGCUCGACAGCGACACACGCGCACCCGAGCGGUCCGUGGACCGCCGAGGUCGUGCAGGCUGCCGAAACGGCCCUGCAGACGGCGGGGGCGGCCAUGCGACGCAUGUCAACGAUCUUGAUUUGCCCCUGCUCCGAGAGGCUCGAGACGGGCAUCAUGCUGAGCGCCGCCUGCCUGUCGAUCCUCGACCUGUACGGCGCCAUCGUCAGCCGCUUCACCGCCCGCCCGCCGCCCCUGUGCGCGAUUACCGUCAGCCAACAACAGCAGUCGCCGCUGAUGGCCAUCCUGUCGAACGACUCCUCUGCUGUGGACGGCGGUGGUGGUUGUGGCAAUGGCGGGUUGGGGCUGCUGUGGGACGACGUGCUGCCGUCCUUUUGCGGGCCUGGCGGCGACGCGCUCGCCCGGUGUGGGCAGAAGGAGGACCAGCUGAUGGUGCAUGUGCUUGGGGAGCUGGCCAAGCUGGCGACGGUGGUGUACCAGUUUACGAACCGGUACCGGGACGGGGUCGGGCAGGCCCAGCCCGGGUCGUCCGAGAUGGAGAUUCUGAAGGGCCUGGCCGCGCUUCUAAAGUACCGCCUCAAGACGGCUGGGGACGAGACGGCGGCAAAGCUGCAGACCGCUCCGCCUCAUCGUGGAACCCGUGCGGGAGGGGCGGCGGCGUAG